AGGGGGCGGCUAAGAUCUGGCAGUCGGUUGGUCGUUCAGUUGGAGCUUCUAUCGAGUGAAAGCGAAGCUUCGUGGUUAAUACAACAUCGUCAACAGAACGCAGUGCACGUCAUUCACACAUUCUCUCGGUGAAUCUUCAAAGAUUUUUUUACUUGAAAGAAAAUUCAAUUCAUAGCUGAAAAAGUCUCACUGAAAACGCAGAAGACUCCGGAAAACCGCAGAAGUACGCAGAUUUUACGCAAACCUUGAGUGAAUAAAGUGCAUAAAAAUAGCUUGGCCGUAUCCCAUUCAGUUCGAACGUUCUCAGUUUUCGCUUUUAUUUUCCUCCAACCGAAUUUUCCAAUCGACGAAGAAAAGUCAGCAGCACUCCUGUGCGUAGGCAGCCGAGUGCGAGAAGUCCGUAGUUUGUUUGAAGCGUAUCUGCCUGUCUGUUCCACUUCUUGUUACCUAGUCCUCGAAAUCGAAAAUAAAUCCAAUGAAAGCUAAAUAGUCAUAGUUAAAUACAAUUAAACAAAUAGAAUUAAUUAUCGAAAUCGAAACGGUGCAAAUCUGAACUGGAAAUAGAUACUUAGUUAUAUUUCUUGUGUGUGCGAAAGUUGAAGCGAGAAAUCUUCUAACUCAUCUCCAAUCACAUAAAAAUCAUGCGCUAAAUUAUAUAAAGUAUUACCCAAUAAAUCCGACAUAGUAACGCGUAGAAUUAGAGGAAAGUAAGAGACAUAGUUGUAAACAUUUUUAUAACAAGGAUUAGCUGUUUUUGUAUUUUUCUACUUUUAUAUAGUCAGUCAACUCUAAUUUUACAUUUAGAUUGCUAAAAUUAGUUAUCAUCGCAAUAAUACGUAAAACGUAACAUUGAAGUCUAAUUAAUAGAUUUGGCAAUAGUUGAUCUAAACCACCCCGAAAGGUUAGUUAAUAAAAAUAAAAGACAAUUGAAGCUCCCUAGUCAGAUGCUCUGUGCCCCGAGUUGAGUUCCGGUCGUCCGCAAAGAUACUGCAUUGGACUCCUUUCGCCCCAGCGCAGCGUGAAGAGCAUUUCCUUCGCACAGUGUGAAACUAUCUGGGAAAUUGUGUCGGAAAAUUGUUUUCUCGGUCAACCAAGAAGUUCGACAGGGUCUUGAUAAUUUGCAAUCAGCAGCCCCUUGAAAGCUUGUGUCGGCAGAUCGACCUAUCUACGAGUUCGCCUGGAUAAGUUGGCAGCAGGAGGUAGGACGCAAGGGAGCAGAAGCGUCAACGCCACACGCCACUUACCGCCCACAUCCGAAUAUAUAGUGCAGCUAGCAGUCAGUGGGUACACAAACCAACGAAUCGAUCCCGUGGACCAUUUUAUCCUUGUGCGUUCAACGGACCAGUGCUAUCGUCAUUCCUGUGCAGUUGCGACCGUUUCGUAUCGCGUGUGUGCUCCAUUUGUUCGGUAGUGGGAGGUCGUUGUCGUCGUCCUCGCUUUUGGUGUUGUUGUUGUCGUGGUCGUAAUCGUCCUCGACCGCUAUCGUGAGCGUUUCGUACGUGCUCGCCGCUUACUCGGUAUCUCUUCGUCGAUCCGCCGUAUACGUAAAACGACCCCCAGCCCAAAACUUGAGUUGUCCUUGUUCUCUCUGAUAUAGUUGUUGGUUCAAGGGUGGUUGGUAGUGACUCGGUCAUUGGGAUAAACACCCUCACCCGCAGCGACGAGGAUAAAAAAAAGUGCCACGCGUCCUAUUUUCGUGCAUGUACCAAAUACCAUCUGUUGGUGGAAAGCAUUAUUAAUCGACUAAGUGAAAAGGAUUAAAACGUUGACCUAGGACAAUUCUAUAGGUUGUGUUGUGAUAUAUCUCAUGCAAAAUCUAUAUAACCACUACGGCUAAAAAGCUUCUCCGUGAUAAUAAUAUUAAACUGAAACGGAUUUUCGAAGUAACGGACAAGCAGACGAGAUAGAUAAAAAUAAAAAUUGCCAAAGUAGUUGAAACAACAUAAAACGACACAUUAAAAACUCAUAAGUCAUCAUCAAAAUGCAUAUGGAAGUACAAGUAGCACUGAAUUUUGUCAUAUCUUAUUUAUAUAAUAAACUGCCAAGACGACGAGUAAAUUUAUUUGGGGAGGAAUUAGAAAAAGCAUUAAAAGACAAAUUUCAAGGACAUUGGUAUCCUGAGAAGCCAUUUAAGGGCUCGGCAUUUCGUUGUCUGAAAACAGGCGAUCCAGUGGAUUCUGUGUUAGAUCGGGCUGCACGUGAAAGUGGCGUCCCCAUAGCAGAUAUUUUAGAGAAUCUUCCAUCGGAAUUGGCAGUGUGGGUAGAUCCCGGUGAAGUAUCGUAUCGUAUAGGUGAAAAGGGUGCUGUGAAGAUUUUAUAUUCCGAGAACAAUGAGCGAACAGAUGAUUCGUCAACUGAUCAUGAAGUCACUAAAACUUUCAAUCCGGAAGCCCAAUGUUUCCGACCAAUUGAUGCUGUGAGUUCAAGCAUGAAUGGACUUAGUUUAAGCCCCAAGACUUCACCACAAGGAUCUCCACCUACGUCGUCGUCUAGUCCAACGUUGAAAAAUGGAAAUCUGGCUGCAAGUCCCGCUCCUGCUACUGGCGUGACUAAUAGCUCCUUCCUUCAGCAACGUACGCAGGCCCCUCUUACAUUUACAACAGCCACAUUCGCCCAAACUAAAUUUGGUAGCACAAAACUAAAGACAAAUUCAAAACGAACAAACAGUUCUUACAGGAUGUCUCCUACGGAAUUCUCCAACUACAUCAAACAAAGAGCUAUGCAACAACAACUUCAUCAUUCCCAUGGCCCAUCCAGUAAUCACUUUGGUCCAAUCGGACCGGCAUCACCUUCGCGAUCACUAUCGCCAAAUCCGCUAGCUUUGGGAUUGCAAAAUGAGCCGUUCUACUUCCCGAAUAUCAAUAUGGGAAUGUACCCACAGUUUGGUGGUCCACGACAUAUGUUCGAUUCUCACUUCCAUCCUGAAGCUAAUGGACUCUACAACGGCCCUGGUAAAUUCUCUUCCUACAUUGAGCCACAUGGAUUCUAUGGAUUGAACAACCAGCAACAAGCUCCACUCAACGGUCCGACCCCUAACGCAACCGGUGCAUCGAACAACAACCAGUCGGGUAACACCCCGACCUCUGUUGUAGCCAAUAACAACAACAAUAACAGCAACAACAACUCAUCUAGCCAAGGACCGAUCUCUUCGACACAAAGUACUCCAAUCAGUUCACCUGGAGCUAGUCAAGACUCCAAGCUGAUGGACGGGCUCAACUCAUUUUAUUCCAACGCUGGACCUUAUCAGCACCUUUUGGUUGCUAACUAAAUCCCGGGAAGGAUAUGCGGAAAAAUAUGAAAGCAAAGGUUAAAAAGUCUAUACACCAUAAUAUAUUUUUCGUAUGCAAAACUAAAAGUAAUAUUUUUCUAUGAACGUUUUUUAAAUAAAGUCGAGAAAAAAACACACAUAAACAAAAAAAUGAUACAAAGGAAACAUACAAAUACACACUUGAUCUUAAAUUAAAAGUUACACAUUAUUAUUUUUAUACAUUUUGUAAAUUUAAUAAUAAUUAUGAUAAAACUAUUAUCGAAAUGAAUAUUAGGUCGUAGGAAAAUUUUAUUACUACACACACUACAUUAUAUUAGUAUAUUAUCAAUUUUCUAUGAGUUUCUAGCGUUUCGAAAUACAACAUAAUUCAAAGAUAAACAAUUAUUUUUUUACAAUUUCGUUAUGCUGUUUUUCAUGAUAGUUUUUCUAUUUUUUUGUAUAUGUGGUCACAUAAAAAGAAAUAAAAGGCAAUGAAUGGAAUGAUAUUUGCGAAAAUGAAACCAUGAAUUCAUUGACAUGGUAUGAAAAAUAUAAGAGACAAAAUACCAAAAAUUUUGAAAGUUACCCACCAAAAAUUCAAAUAAAUAAAAUAUAUAACGCAUAAAUUGAUAAGGAAGUAAAAACUACCAGAAAAUAAAAAGUCCACUGUGAAUAAUUGAAUAAGCAACAAAAUAUUAAAAAAAACUUUAUUAGAUUUUACUUUUUUUAUACAAAAACAAAUAAAAAAAGGGAAGAAAGAAAUGUUUAUUAAUAGUGAAAAUGUUGAUAUAAAGAAAACCACGAUUAAUACGAGUAGUGAAUAUCAAUUUUUAUACAUGAUGCGAGAAGAAAUUUAUGUAUAAACUCAAAUUAGUAAAAUCACAAAUUAGAACAAGACAAAAUGAUAAAACCGAACGAAAGAAUAUCGAAGAGUUUGUAAAUUGAUUAUUAAUUGUAAAGAUUCGCAAUUUUUUCAUGUAGUGCUCGUGAUUAUUUUUUAAGUGAACUAACGCCUCAACGUUUUAGGGUGAGAAAUUUGUAGCUGUAAAUUUGGAUAGAGGCAGGUAUGUAUUCCAAUGAUAUCUGCUAUCUGAUUCGGAACAGUCUUUAUGUUCAUAUCCGUUCGGCAUACGCUUGUUCAAUCCGUAUCCUAAUAUGAAACCUUCAUAUUCCAUGUGCUUCUCUCGAGGUACGUGGCACCAUGGCAACAAUCAAUUUUAUUGCAAAACCUUAGCUGACUAGGUUGUGACAAUGAUCUCCUAUCUUAGACUCGUGAAUACAAAUCAGCGAGAGAUUAACCAACAAAAUUUACAACAUCUUAAAUAUUUUCGUCACACCAAUAUUACAAGCUAGCACUCUCUAGUGAUUCAUUAUGAUUAAUAAACAAUUUAAAGGUAAAAUAUAAAGAAAAUAGGAAGGCUUUGCACAUCAACAUCACAUUGUGAAAACAAAAAAAAACACUCAUACAAGACUAGUGAUAAAAACCUUUGUUUUUUCAGUUUUAUAUUUCUUCUAAUUGUAGCGCCCCACUUACACACCUCUAACUAUGAAUCUGUGUUAUUAACACAUGCAACAUGAGUUCGAUUUAAACUUUAAAUAGUCUUUAAUUAAUACCAAUGCUGCCAAGGAAUGUUUGAAGUAAAAGAAAAAUCUAGGAGGGAUGAAAAAAGUGAACUUGGCGUGUUGAGUUUUAUCUAUUUUUAUUACAGAUUGAUAAAUAUUUAUCAAAUAUAAUUUUUAAUGGUAUGCAAUUUUUUUUUAAUGAAAAAAAAUCUAGAAAUUUAAUGUGUAUAUUUGUAGUUUUGUUUGCGUUAUAUAUUUUUUAUACAAUUCGAUUAGAUAUAUAUGUUUUUUUCACGUUUUUUUAUAUUGAGACUAGAUAAUAUUUUUUUACACUUUUAUUGUUAUGUAUAGAUUACAGACACACAUUGUUAUACGAUUGCAUAAUUGUUUAUAAUAUGUUAAUUACUAUUUAAACAGAUAAUAAUUUAAAUUGUAUAAAAUGAAUAGAGUCAACACAUUUUUCUUACUUUUUUUGUAAACACAUACACCUACUAAAAUUUAUAUACAUACAUAUAUAUUUUUUUUACUUUUCUAAAAUUGUCAUUAUCUCUUAUUCUUAUACCAAAUAUAGAAAAUUUAUAAAAAAAAACUCUCAAGUGGUUUAUGUUAAACUCUACUUAUUUAAACAGAAUAUAUAUAUUAAAUAAAUAUUUGCUGCUAUUAAAUAAUGGUUACAGCAACAUCAACAUGUUUAUUAGCAAAAUGUUUAUAAAUAACAAUAUUGAGAAAAGAAUGUUAUGUGAAGAAUAUUAAAAAUGCAACUAGUUUAUUCUGUGAGCAUACUAAUCGAUGUCAUAUUUUUCUACCCAAACAAGCUACUAUUUUAGUCGAUUAAUGAGGAAAGAUACAUAUUAAUAGUUGAAAUAUUUUGUUUUUCUACAGAGAAAGUAGCGAUUUUAAAUAAAAGAAAAUGAAUAAUA